UUUCCAGUCACAUUCGCAGCUUGUGAGAGAGAGGGAGCAGCGCUGAAGCUCCCCGGCUGAGCGCUGUUUGUGCCGGCAGGACAGUGUGUGCUUGCCCACGCUGUGGGCGCCUGCGGCUGAUGGACGACGGAGCUGUGUGCUGGGGGCAGGAGCCCCGUGUGCCCCAGUGUCAGUGACACCGCUGUAUCCCUCACCUCCUCACCUUGUCUUUGGCUGUGUCCUCUGACGUUCUGGCCCCUCCGGGAGCUGUGUGUUCUGCCGGUGCUGGGGUGAUGCGGUGGGAGCUGUGCGGUGCCUGCCAGGGGAUGCUGUGGGCUUCCGUGGGAUUGCUUGGCUCCCAAAGUGACUGCAAGUAACUCCAGGUUAGGACUGCUUCUCGGAGGAUGUCCUGUGCAUUUCCACCUGUUUCCCUCCAGCCUCGCUACGGAGUAUUUGGAGUAUUUUGUUUGCCCCUGCCAGUGGAGGACAGAGUCGGAGGCCUCCAGAGGGUUAAGAGCAUCUGCCUUUACGCUAAGUGUUCAAGCAGGAAAUAAUCUGCAGAGAUACAUGUGCAGCAAUUCAACUGCUGCUGCUUUCCCAGGCUGCCGCCGCCACUGCUGCUCGGUGUGUGUCAGGAGCUGCGCUGCUUGCAGAAGAUGCUUUCUUGGUGUGUCCGAGGUGCUGGGCAUGGCAGCAGAGCCCCUGCUCCUAGGGCUGGGGUGAAUAUCUCCAUCCAUGAGGAAUUAUGUUGACCUGCAGGCUCUGCUGGCUCAGUGAGGUCUCCAUGGCAUAUCUCCAUCCCGGUCCAGCUCUGUGCAAUCCACUAGUGCAGAGUUUAACAGAGAGCCUACUAAAGACAUACUAGCAAGACCCAGAGUCACAGAUGGAGCAAACUGUUAUUGAUUGUGACCUUGUGGCCCCAAAUCCUUUUGGGAUCAGCUACCAGAGGGACUGAACCUGGCUUUUUUCUGGAAAUUACAUGCUGCCUGGGACCUUUUCCUUGUGAAUGAAGCCUGAUGGAUACAUGUGUCUAGGUGACACUGUGUACAGAUGCUCACUGUGCCCCAGCGCCCUGCCCUGGCCUUGCAGCCACACACCAGAUGUGCAGACAGCAGCAAGGAGUACCCUCUCCUGAGCACAGACGCUCUCUUUCAAGAAAAAAAAAGACAAACUACUGCAAGACUUCUCUGUCUGCUUCAGUUGAACCGAGAAUGGUGGACGUGGGAUUCAGCCGGAGAUUGCAAAGCCUACUGCCCCUCAAGGCUGUUGGUCAGUGGUCACCUUCCACUGCUCCCAGGGGAACCAGAGGAGCUCCACGCUGACUUCUGUAAGGUCUGAUUCACCAUGGGAGAUCAAAUGAUUUCCUGGCUCAGGUUUUGUGAAGUUCGGCAUCUGCUUUGGACCCACAGUUUGGAAAAGGGAUCACCUCUGCAGCACAGUUAAGAGACAGAAAAAGCAGUCCCAGACGAUGAGCACUUUAAGUAGCACUGGAAUAUUACUCAGCUUGACAACAGUGUCUGUUACGCUGGAUUUUAGUUUGCAUGGUGGUCUCAUGGCUUGGUCUUUAAGUACCAAUUUGACUCUGAAUCAGAGUUUACCUACAUCCGAUCCUCUCAAUGCCUCUGAGAAGGGUGAAGUCUCUCGGAUGUCAGUGAGAGAGAAGAACUGGCCAGCCCUCUUGAUCUUGGUCAUCAUCCUGCUCACCAUCGGGGGCAACAUACUGGUAAUUAUGGCUGUGUCCUUGGAGAAGAAGUUGCAGAACGCCACAAACUUCUUCCUGAUGUCCUUGGCGGUGGCAGACAUGCUGGUGGGUAUCCUGGUCAUGCCCGUGUCGCUCAUUGCAGUGCUGUAUGAUUAUGCUUGGCCUUUGCCUAAACAGUUGUGCCCUAUAUGGAUUUCCCUAGAUGUGCUCUUUUCAACUGCAUCUAUAAUGCAUCUCUGUGCCAUCUCUCUUGAUCGGUAUGUAGCAAUACGCAAUCCCAUUGAGCACAGCCGCUUCAAUUCCCGCACCAAGGCUAUUAUGAAAAUUGCUGCAGUUUGGACCAUAUCCAUAGGGAUAUCUAUGCCCAUUCCAGUCAUUGGUUUGCAGGAUGACUCCAGAGUGUUCAUCAAUGGGACCUGCGUCCUCAACGAUGAGAACUUUGUCCUCAUUGGGUCUUUCAUGGCAUUCUUCAUCCCUCUCAUCAUCAUGGUGAUCACAUAUUGCCUGACCGUCCAGGUGCUACAGAGACAGGCCACGGUGUUCAUGUGCGGAGAGGUGCCCAAGCAGAGGAGGAGCAGCGUGAACUGCCUCAAGAAAGAAAACAACACAGAGCACAUUUCCAUGCUUCACAAUCACGAAGGGGCAUCGCAUUUGAACUCUCCUGUAAGUAAGGAGGCAGUGCUUUUUCGGAAAGGAACUAUGCAGUCCAUCAACAAUGAGCGGAGAGCCUCGAAGGUCCUGGGCAUCGUCUUCUUUUUGUUUCUCAUCAUGUGGUGUCCAUUUUUCAUCACUAAUGUUAUGUCCGUCCUUUGCAAGGAAGCCUGCGAUAAAGACCUUUUGAGUGAACUCCUCGACGUGUUUGUUUGGGUGGGGUAUGUUUGCUCAGGGGUUAAUCCCCUCGUAUACACACUCUUCAAUAAAACCUACCGCAGGGCUUUCUCCAGUUAUAUCCGCUGCCAAUACAAGACCAGCAAAAAAUCAGCACUGCGACAGAAUCAGUGUCUGAAUGUUGCUUCAACAGCUUUAUACGGGAAAGAUCUGACUUUAACUAGUUACCGAAAUGGCAAUGAACUCAACAGCAUGGAACUAGAUGAGGCUGAGGAGGGCCUUGAAAUGCAACCAGGGACUUCAGAGCUCUCCAUAAACAGCUGUAAUGUUGUGAGUGAAAGAGUGAGCUGUGUGUAAAGGUGGCUCACACAGCCUUCAGCUAUCUGUGGCCAAAAUAUAUUGUAUAAAAAUGUAAGCGUUGGUCAAUGGACAAUGUAAAUACUGCAUUCUGAACAAAGAUUUUUUUUUUAAGGAAAAAAAGAAAAAAGAGAGAUUUGUCUUUCCAGUCCAGUACUUAAAAUCAUAUAUAUUAAUAUACUGCAGUGAAGUUUAAGGUUCUAUAUUUACUGUUAAUACUAGAUCAGAUCUAGUUACUUUGCAUAUGUCAUGGACAAAAUGUUUGAAUUCUUCUUCCAGUGCAUGAACAAAAAUGCUGAAUAUUUAUCUCAGGUGGCAUUUGCUGGAGUCCAGAAUGGCACGUUAAUAGUUAUAUAUCAAAUACAUGCUAUUAGACUUGGUCACUAUAACUUUCUUUUUCAAGUUGACAGUAAAUAUAUACUUUAAAUCCUCACCCCUAUUUGUGCCGUGUAAAGAGUGUACAGAAACCUGGCAGAGACAGCAUGAGAGCUGUAGGCAACUGGCCAGAUGUGUUGUGGUAAGGGUUGUGGCUCACUUGCAUCCUGGGGCAACAUUUCACUUCUAGGGACCAUCCUGCUGCUUCCUCUCCGUUCACCAGUUUGAUCCUUGGUUGGGAAUGCAUUUCUGGUCUGGUGUUGGGAUCUCUUGCAAACGUGAAGGAGAAUCAUGAGAAAGAGAGCCAAAUUGUUACCUGAUUUAACCACUCUAAAACACCCUCCCCUGUUCUUGUAGACACCCAUCUACUCUGGGAUGGGAGAAGCAAUACUCAGAAUGGGUGGCACUGCCUUCAGGGGACUGCUUGGAUGAUCAGGUCAUUGGUUGACCUGGAGAGGAGUGCUCUGGCUUUGUGUGAGCUCACCUUCUCCAUCCCCUCGCCUCUUUAGCCUCUAGCUUCUUUUGCAUUUGCUUUUAUUUUUCCAAAUACGGGGAUGUGCAGUGCUGGGGGUCAAACAGUGCAUUGGGUGUAGAGCAAAAUGUGCUGUGCUCAUGGCAUAGGUUGGGAGGAGGAUGUGGGAUGCUCCUCACCCCGGGGGAUGUUGAGGAGUGAGGCAUAAAUGAGGAUCCCUUUUUUCCCCCAAUCUUGGGAGGGGGGUGCAGAGCUGGACAGGGUGUGUGACUGGAACAGUUUGCUACAGGUUCAAUAACAAAUUGUGACCAGGGUCAGAAAGGAAACAGACAAGGAAUUGUGACUUGGAACAUACCUAUAUGGCAGAUUGAUCUGGAUUAUCUGUUCAAUUUGAUUUACUUAAUUUCACCCCUAAAGCAAAUUAUCCUAUAUCAUGUUAAAGCCACUUAUAUCUGAAUGAAAACAUCCACAUCGUGUUUUAAUGCAAUUGAACUAAUCUGCUUUUAAUUAACACCAUGAGCAGUUGGAACUAUUAAUUUCCCUCUGUGCUCCUGUGUAGACAAACCCUGAAUGGCACCACCACGUCCUUCUGGCACAGUGCCUCUGGGUGAUGCCACUUGUGCAGUUUGCCAUGUGCAGGGUGCUGUGUGAUGCCAGAUCUAACCCGGAAUGUUUUCACAUCUUCAUUAACUAAAAGACAAACGCUGCAAUCAUCCAUCUAAUGCGGAUGUAUUUAGCACUGCUAGGAGCCUCUGCCCAUGGAAUUCCUCAGAACAAGAAGCUUACACAAGGCAUGGAUAAGUUGCAUUUUACUGAUGUGAACUGCUUGCACUCUAAGCUUGCUGUGGUCAUCCCCCCAGAACCCAAGUGAAGGAGAAACACAACAUUCUGUACUGGUGCAGUGUAGUGCUGUUGUUUUGCUGUGCACAGCAACAACCUGGCCGAGGCAGAUUGCAUCUGCUGCUGGUUUGCUUCUAGCUUGAAUCAAUGAAGCUGGUGACCCUCUCUUGUCCUUCAUUCUGUCCUGUGCAUAAUCCGUAGUACUUCCAUGCAGGCAGGUGAGGUAUCUGAGCAAGAAGCAUGGUGUGUGUGCUGGUCUGCUGCUGCUGGUGCUGGUUGAAUGCUUGGUACUGCACCUGCCUGUCGAAAAAGGUCUGUAACCUGUAGGAAAAGCACUGUCCAGAGACACAGACUUGUGCCUUCAAUGACUGCCCUUUGUUCUAUGUCAGAUUUGGAUACCUCAAGUGGAACAGAAAAAUCAGAAAGAUGACAUUGCUUUCAAAAUUCUACUUUUAUUUUUUUUUCCUUGGGUGAAUUCAUAGCUCAUCUUUUACAGCCAUGUGUGUGUCUGUGUGUAUAUAUAUGCGUGUACAUAUAUAUGUAUAUACAUACAUAUAUAUAAGUCAAUCAGACUUGGAAAGCAUUUAGCAAUAAGUUGAAUUUUAGUAGCUUCUAGCACAUGUGUGAAUAGCUCAUAGGCCACAGCAUCCUCCAGCUUGUACCACACAAAGGUGUUCUCUUUGCAUAAGAGCCUUCACGUCUUACCUCUGCCAGUUCUGUUGUAUGGGCGAAAAGGGCACCCGCUCUAUUUGGAUGUAAAUAACAAGAACUGAACUGAGAGUUUACAGAGUUUUUAUAAAUGUUUUUAAAAUAAUUCAGCACUGGGACUGUAAAUAUGUCGAGUGUUGCUGGACCCGUUCUGAUGGAUGUUCCUUCUCCAGAUAACCAGACAAGGGGACUGCCUUAUAGCCUGCGUUAUCUGCCUGCCAGGGGCUGAUAACAUUUUUGGGAAUGAUUAAACACUGUCUCUUACCCAACUUCCUUUGGGUCAUUCACAUCAGGGUUUUGUGAUGCUGCUAUUAAUUUAUUAAAGAAAGAUUGUUGGUUUAA